GCAGUGGCGACGUCGCCGCCGUUGAGGCCGCUGAGGGCUCGCGCUGACGGCUCUCGGAGGCGACCCACCCGCUUCGUCCGCUGGCCGGACCGAUCACCCUCUUCCCCGAGGUAGCGGGCAGCGCGCGUUCGCCGUUGCACGACGCCGUUCCGGGACGACGAGCGACCGCGCCAUGCGGCGGCGGUGUCGGGCUCGCCGCACCAGGACGACACCGACACGUACGGAGCGCGGCGUCAGGACGACAAGGGGAUGCCCGGCGGCGUUGCCGAGGCGCCGCGUCCGAAGGAGACGCCGGCCGAGGUCCUGCUGCUGCGAUGGAGCGACAUGCCGCAGCACCUCCAAUUCAAUCCCCACAUCCUCACCGGCUACAGGCCGCUCAUGACCAUCCGCCAGUGCCUCGGUAGCCUUUUCUACAUCCACAACGAGACCGUCAACAUCCUGACGCACGGAUUCGCUAUUCUGUACAUGUUGGUGACUGUGCCACUUCUACUCCCAUGGAACACAAAAGGGACACUCGUGGGAAUUCUGUCCUGGUGCCACUUGAUCGGCGCCGUUAGCCCGUGGAUCGGAUCCUUCCUGUACCACCUCUUCAUGAACGUAAACUACGACGAAGCUUUCUACAGAACACUGCUGAAAGUCGACAUGAUCGGCAUAUGGCUGUGCCAGAGUUUCGGAGCUAUACCGAUGAUGGCAGCCGCUGCUCAUUGCCUUGCCGAUAACGUCUGGUAUUGCUGCAUUUUUAUUUAUUGCUCCCUCAGUAUGUGGGGACUUAUAAAGGCAAUGACUGCGAGAUCACCAUGGGAAAGGCGUUUGUGUUUUGCCCCUCCUUUCUUAAUGAGGAUGCUGGUCAUGACGUUGAGAUGUUUUGGCAUUGGUGGUGGAUCACCCGAGGCUCUUAAUCAUAUAAUAUUACAGGAUCUCAUAGCUGUGAUAGGUGCAACCAUUGGCGCUCUUCGCGUUCCAGAGAAGUGGAUCCCCGGCAGAUUGGAUUUAGUGCUGAAUUCCCAUAACGUGAUGCAUGUAUUGGUCGUCCUAGCGGUAUGUUCUAUGCACACCGCAACCUUGAAGGACCUCGCCUGGAUGUCCGAUCCGUCUACGUGCAAUAAAACAAGCUCUCUUCCUUCGGGUCGCGAAGAAUUGUGAUUGAAUCAUGAAGAACGCGACGGCUUGCUGCAGUCUGUGAUAAAUCGAGCCUAUAACAACCGGCGAUUAGUCGAAUGCUUCGACAUUUGGAGACCAGAAAGUGCUGAAUUCUAUAAUAGAUAAAUUUAAGGAUAUUGAAAAAAAAUAUAUAUAUACAUAUUAUAUAUAUAUAUAUAUAUAAAACACAGAGUUUAAUACAGAGUUACUUAAUUUAUGUGAUUAUUACGGGACGGUUUAGGUACAAUCAUGAGUACAAAGCACAUAUGGUUACUUAUCAUAUCGAAUGUUUAACAGUAAUGGGAUAUUUGUGGGAUAUUUCUUCUGCAAACACAGAGGGGAAAAGUAGAAUUGACGGAAACCGACGGGUAUGAUGCGAGAGAGAUUUAUUUUAUCUAAUGUUUCCGAAAAGAUAACUAUUUUAUUUUAAAAUCUGCUUUUAAUAACAUAACUCUGACAAGUAAUAAUAUAUCGUUUAUCUUUCCAUUAUAAUGAAAUUGAAACAUUUGUAUCAGAGAGAAGUGUAUAUAUUUUUUUUAUUGUAAUGACCGAGGACAUGUCAUUUAAAUUUAAAGCCUCAAAAUUAAUUGCACACGUAUUCUGCACAUUUUAAAAGUGCACGUUUUCCUCAACAACAUUGUGACAUUAUUUUGUAUUUCUUAUGAUUAAAUUGUUAUCGAGGAAUCUAACAAUGAAAUAAAAAAAUCUAUAUCUUUUUUCUAAUAGGAGAGAAAAAUAUAAGAUAAAAAUUCAAGUAUUAGGAGUGAAUCUUACGCGCAAAACAAAUAUCUACGAUGUUUCCUUACAAUUCGCUUAUUCUUUUUACAAAGUUACCUGGAAAACAUAUAAGUCUAUUGAAAGAAGUUAGAAAUUUACUAGAGUCAAUUGUAUGUACUUUAUUAAGGGUAUGUACUUUAUUAAACAUAAUGAGGGAAAGUAUUAAAGGUGAUCUGAAAAGCAAUACAAGCACAUCGUUGUGAUGCAACCUAGAGUUCAGUAGUCUACACGAGCCCGUAGUCAAGAAAUCCAACCGUACUUGAAGGUGGAUGAUACGUAAAUUCAGUUCGAAUACAAAUGAUAAAAAGCCGUCUCAAGCUUACAAGCUAUUUUACUAAAAUAAUCGACAUACAAACAUUGAUUGUGUUGAGAAUAAAUUAAUUUUUUAGAAUUCAGAAAAAUGUAUUUUCUUGUGUGAUUUUUGAAUGUAUUUCAUUUCUCGGAUUAAUAAACUUGUGAUUGUAUUCGAUUGUUAUGUGUAAAACGAAAUUUGAGGAACGGUUUAAAACGAUACAGAGAUGCGAAGGAAUCAAGGAAGAAAUUAGACUCGAGUAGGAUUAAAAGUCUUCGGACCGUGUAGACUUUUAUCAGAGUCAUCCAACAAUAUAUACAUAUAUCUGAACGUCCAUUUCUUUAAAUCAGUUACGCUUUACGAUACAUCCAGAGACGAAAUUAUUUAAAUACAUUAGUGGAUACUGGUUCGAUUCCACUAUAGUAAGAUAAUUCGUCGUUCAGGUGAUACUGAACCCAUAAUAAAAUUAUUCUAAAGAUCAGCUAAAUCUAUUUCAAUGCAGAAAUAGGAAAACUAGAAAU